AUGCCACCCAUACCUGGCCCUUCGUCCUCGAGCAAUGAUUCGAGCGACGCAAAGCCCUAUAUCAUCGUUUCUGACAUUGGAAGGGGGAGUUUCGCUACUGUGUACAAAGGAUAUCAUGAGGAAACGCGGUUGCAGGUCGCCAUCAAGGCUGUGAAACGGGACAACCUCAGCGCCAGGCUCUUGGACAACCUGCAAAGCGAGAUUCAAAUCCUAAAGAGCCUGUCCCAUCGACACAUAACGAAGCUGAUUGACAUUGUGCGCGCCGAGAAGAACAUCUACCUUAUCAUGGAGUAUUGCGCGGGAGGUGACUUGACGAACUAUAUCAAGAAACGAGGGCGGGUAGAAGGAUUGGAAUACAUUCCUGCACCAGGAGAACCGCCACAAUAUUAUCCACAUCCACGGUCAGGGGGGUUGGACGAGAUUGUACUGCGAAGUUUCCUCCGUCAAUUAGCUCGCGCCCUCAAAUUCUUGCGGCAUCGAGACCUCAUCCAUCGUGAUAUCAAACCACAGAACCUGCUUCUGAACCCGGCACCUCCAGAAGAACUGGCAAGAGGGCAUCCUCUGGGUGUCCCAAUCCUCAAGGUCGCCGACUUUGGUUUCGCAAGAUCCCUCCCAAACGCCAUGAUGGCAGAGACACUCUGCGGGUCGCCCCUGUACAUGGCUCCGGAAAUCCUUCGCUACGAAAAGUACGACGCCAAGGCCGACCUAUGGUCCGUAGGAGCAGUCCUGUACGAAAUCGCCACCGGGAGAGCACCCUUCCGAGCCCAGAACCACAUCGAGCUAUUGAAGAAGAUCGAACAAUCCAAAGGGCUCAAGUUUCCUGACGAAGACCCGAAGACGAGUGCAGAGGCGACCCCAGUUCCGGCAGACAUCAAGAAGCUCAUCCGAGCACUCUUGAAACGGAAUCCGAUCGAGAGGGCGAGUUUUGAAGAGUUCUUUAACAGCACUGCGCUCGCCAAAUCAAAGUUUCCCCGACCUCGAGAGCCGGUUGCUGCCGCAAACGCAGAGGAAGACCACAAUGGACGGCCCCCGACGCCCGAUCAUCACAAGGACAUCCCCCCAGAAGUACUCGAUCCGAACGCGCUGAUCCCACCUAGCAAGUUCAAUUGGAGGAGACCUACAAACGGCGACGGGACGGAACCUGCACCAAAUGCGAAACCGGUCGAAAAGGCGCGACGAAACAAGGGGCUAUCAACAGAAGGUUCGUUUAUCCCAGGAGAGACGGAAGAGGAUGGAAUGCUGCGACGAGAGUAUGUGCUCGUCGGAGACACCCGAGCUGUCGAAUUCAACCGUGCCGUCGACGAGAUCAACACCCUUCCCCGAAAGCCCUUACACGACCGCAAGAUCCCUUCCACCCCAGAGGACAGCCCACGACAAGAAUACCCUAUACCAAAUGUCACCAACCCUACAACUCCUCACAACAUCACCUUUCCGCCUCCACCAAACGUCAACGCGCCUCCUUCAUUAUCGUCGUCACCAUCGAGUAACGCAUCGAGGGCGGCUGCAAGUGCCUUGAACAGGGCACUGUCAUUAGCGACGAAGAAGCUCUUUGGAACUUCAAGACGCCAGCCGUCGAUUUCGUCCCCUGUGCAUGAAGUCUCUAGCAACACAAGUCCUCCCUCUUCGCCCAGACGGCCACAGAUUAUAGCACUGGACACAGCUGGCGAACGGGAUCCACUGGAAGAUGAGCUCUUGGCGAACCUGGAAGAACUGGCGCAGAAGACGGACGUGCUCACCCGCUGGGCGGACGAGAUGUACGAAUAUGUGAAAGCUGUUCCCCAGAAACCACUUCCAGAUCCAACGAAGUUCGUCAAGCGCGAGGGGGAGGGGGAGAAACACGCACGAAGGCGGAAGCUGGCCGACAUGGAGGCGGAAUACAACGCCGUCACCUGUGUAGCGGUUUAUAUGCUGCUGAUGUCGUUCUCGCAGAAGGGGAUCGAUAAGCUGAGGAACUUCCAGGAGCAUAUGAAUAUGCGGCAUCCGGAUGGGGAUUUCGUGGUCAGCGAAGGCUUCGAUGCUGGUGCGUCAUUCGAUCUACUCAUGAAGGUUAUUAUGGAGAAGUGUGAUGUUGACUAUGCGAUUUGGGUAGCUUUCUCGUGGUUCAAAGAUCACUUCAUCAAGUGUAAUGACCGGGCGGAGCUCGUGAAGACAUGGCUACCUGCUCAGUACGAUGGACCUAAAGCUUGGCUGGAUCAGCUAGUGUAUGAUCGUGCUUUGAUGCUGAGUCGGACAGCUGCACGAAAGGAGUUGUUGGACCAGGCCGCAGCGCCAGACGAGUGUGAGAAGCUCUACGAGGAAUCGUUAUGGUGCCUGUACGCCCUUCAAGAUGAUCUCCUGCAGACAGGUAACCCGUUCAUGGAGGAAGAUAAGGAAACCAUUGGGACAUCUGAUGAUGGCGCAGGGAUCAAGCGAACGAAGCUUCGCCUCGUUAGGUGCCGGGCGCGAAUGGCCAUGAACGACCGCGAUCGAAUAAUCGAUGCUCGAGCAGACCAGAACCUCGCCGACGUCGCUCGAAUACCUGCUCCAUGGGACGUUAAGCCAUCGCCUUCAUCCACCUCCUCUCCGACAUCUGCCACCGUUCGAUCGCCAACAUCGCCUGUAAAAUGA